GUUUCGUGCUUGAAGCUAAGGUACAGAUGGCGCAGCUGGUGGAGACUGGCAUGCUGGCGAUGGUGUUGAUGUUUGAGGUUGGCGCUCGGGAAGACGUGACGUGCCGACGGGAUGACGUUCAGCUUGACCGCCUUCCUCCCAGACACGGACACCGGACACCGUGUAAGAUGCUCUUCCCCGAAGACACCAACACAGUUUUGCGCACAGAAUGGGGGACAAACCAGCUCAAGAGGACUUUUGGCUUUUUGGAUAUGGGAGCCUGAUAUGGAAACCUCCACCGCACUUCGACCAGCGCCUUCCGGGAUACAUUGAGGGCUAUGUGCGCCGGUUCUGGCAGGAUCAUCGCGGCACACCCGAGGCGCCCGGGCGCGUAGCGACGUUGAUUGACCGGGCGCAUUGGGAGACCCUGGACGAUCAUCAUGCCUCUGCGAGGGAGACAGUCUGGGGCGCUGCGUACCACAUACCUGCCUCUCACGCAGCCGAAGUCCGAGACUACCUCGAUAUUCGCGAGAUAAAUGGCUACAGUAUCCAGUACACGCCAUUUCAUCCCGCCGCUUCCAUCUCCGAUGCACCAGCGAAACCGAUCGACUGUCUCGUUUAUAUUGGACCACCGGAGAAUCCGCAGUUCUUGGGGCCGCAGGACCCUCAGAAGCUUGCCGAACAUAUUGUUGUGAGCAGAGGCCCGAGCGGCGAAAACAAGGAGUAUCUAUACAUGCUGGAGACGGCAUUGGUGGAACUGAGUCCAGAGAGUGAAGACCAUCAUAUUUCUGAUCUAGCAAGAAGAUGUCGGGAAGUAGAAGCAAAGAGCAAAGAGACAGCACAUAAAGAAGCCAAAGCUGCUGAGAACGAGGCCCAAAUAGACGGCCAUCCAUUGCAUAAGGUAGGAAGCACCGAAGAGCAGGAAGAAGUUGAGAAAUAGCAGAAGCACUUUGGAAUAAAGCUCUUUUGGUUAAAGCAGCAUCGGUUCUGGCUUCGCACUUUGCACCCGCUCAUCGUCUUCCAUAAUGCUAUC